AGUAAAUGCACGAUUCAGAGCGGAGCAAUGUGAUGCUUGCUCCCACUGGUGCGUGUCGUAGCAUUGAUGAUAUUGAUAUGCACGACUGGAAGAGUUUUCCUGUUUUUUCUAUUUUUGUUUGCAGCAGGCAGCUACGGAUCAGGUGACUGCCCUGCUCGCUCUUGCCUUCGUGUGCACGUUUCUGCUGGCUCGGCGUACUCCGAGGCUGCUGCCGAUCACGAGAUGCGCAGUCACGAGACCGGUGCUGCCAUAAGCAGGGCUGCAUGGAAAGUGCGAGUCUUUUGACUACCGACGUUGGCUUCAAACUACACGUCCACGAUUGAGAAUGGCCCGAUGGCGUCUGCCGGGCCAUUAUUAUUAUUGCCAAGUCGGGCAACCAUAUUUCAGUCUGGACGACCCCGGCAUCAAACUACUGAGUAUGAUUGCCGCCGUCAUCCAACGAGCAGUGAUCUACGGUUCCUCCGUAGUUUACCAAAUUUUGUCUCUAACAGUCAGACUCAUAGGCUUCGAGCCGAACCUUUUUUCCUCCAGGUUCCAUUCAUCCUAUUUUCUGUCGGAGGCGUUUCCUUUUCCAGUAGCCUGUUACUCGAGGCCAGGGAUAAUUCAUUAUUUGCUUUCCGCCCGGUUUUUCAACGCAACGUCUUGAAGCACAGCGAUUCGUUCCUAGUCAGCCAUGCAGCCAGGGGCGAGCUGAGCCUCGCACGGAGGCCCAUUACUCUCGGUCGCUCCUACGGUCUAGAGUCAAACGAACGUGAAUUCAAGCAGCACGCAUACGACACUAUUCCUUUUUCGUGGUCAUAAUUUUCCGAUGCAUAGGACUAACCCACUAAGAUGAGAGAAAAAGAAAGAAAAAAAGUUUUCACAC